UCUUCGUCUGCCUCCCUGAGAAUCCAUCCAAGCCCUUCCUCUGAACACCAACUUGUCUGCCCUUAUGUCGAGUUCCGCGCCCUCCGAUGCUACCUCUGCGACACAGAAGAACAUCUACGUCGCAUGGCAGCCAGACUACACCACCCCUGGCACGCUUGAGAAGCGUAUUGCUGUGCGCCCAACGCACAUCGUGCGAGCGACCAAACUUAUCGAGCAGAAGGUUAUCCGUCUGGGGGGAGGUACGAUGUCAUCCGACGACUCCACUGCGCGCCCACUGGAAAAGAAAGACUUUGUGGGCUCGUGCACGUUUUACGAGGCAGCCAGUAUCGAAGCAGCGUGGGAGAUUAUACACACAGACCCAUUUUGGCUCGAGGGCGUGUGGGACAAGGAGCGUAUGGUUGUGCUACCAAUCCAUCUCGCCACGCCAUUCAAAUAGACUGAUUCGUAGUGGAUAGAGAUGGGAAGAGAAAUAUAUUCUUCUGCAGGCUUUGUUAAGUGGUCAUCAUGCUGUAUUCAUCAUAGUGUUGUCUUAUGAGCUCCUUCUGAAC